AGUGUAUUACAAAAAAAAAAAAAAAAAAAAAAACGUAAUCACUAGUGGCUUUACUUAGUCCCAAAAAUAUGGGUCGUGUAAAUUUUGGAGUAUCCGCAUUCUUUGUUUUUUGUUUGUUAGGUUUAUCAGCUAAUGCAAAGGUAUUCAACAUUGGCUCUCCACCAGGUUCUGAUAUCACUAAGGCAUUGUUGAAAACAUUCAAUGAGGCAUGCCAAUUCCCAACCAAGAGCACUGUUCUGAUCCCAAAAGGUGAAUACAAACUUGGUGAAAUCGAGAUGUUAGGUCCAUGCAAAGCUCCCAUAAGGAUUGCUCUUCAAGGUACCCUGAAAGCUGACGGGAACGCGGUCCAUAACCAGAAAUGGGUCGCUUUCCGCAACAUUAAUGGGUUUAAAUUGAACGGUGGUGGUGUCUUCGACGGUGAAGGUAAUGCAGCUUGGAGGGUCAAUAACUGCCACAAGACUGAACAGUGCAAGAAACUCCCCAUCAGUAUCCGUUUUGAUUACAUCACCGACGGGAAGGUUAGAGGAAUAACAUCCUUAGAUGCAAAGAACUUCCACAUUAACGUGAUUGGUGCAAAGAACUUGACAUUCGAAGAGGUCAGGAUCAUAGCUCCUGCAGAGAGUCCCAACACUGACGGUAUCCACGUUGGAAGAAGUGAUGGAAUCAAGAUCAUCAAUUCAGUCAUUACUACAGGAGAUGACUGUGUCUCAGUUGGAGACGGCAUGAAGAACCUUCUUGUCGAAAGAGUUACUUGCGGUCCAGGACAUGGAAUCAGUGUCGGAAGUCUCGGAAGGUACGGACACGAGCAAGAUGUCAAGGGCAUCAAGAUCAUUAACUGUACCCUCCAAGAGACUGACAAUGGUAUAAGGAUCAAGACAUGGCCUUCUGCAGCUUGCAGCACAAGUGCCUCCGAUAUCCAUUUCGAAAACAUUGUCCUCAAGAACGUUACCAACCCUAUCCUCAUUGACCAAGAGUACUGCCCAUGGAACCACUGCAACAAGGCGAAACCAUCAACGAUCAAGCUUUCCAACAUAAGCUUCAAGAACAUUAGAGGAACAUCAGGGAACAAAGACGCAGUGAAGCUUUUGUGCAGCAAAGGAUUCCCUUGUCAGAACGUUGAACUCGGUAACAUUGACAUCAAAUACACCGGAGCUGACGGUCCAGCAACAUUCCAAUGCGCAAACGUGUCUCCCAAGAUAAUGGGAACUCAGGUUCCAAAAGCUUGUAGCAGCCCAGUGACAAAGCCACCACAGUAGAGAAAGUGUAUAUAAAUAUAUACUCAUACACAAUAUAAAUGUACACCCUAGUGUAUGCUGUAUGCUUUUUCAUCAGUUGAUAUCUUUGUGAAAUAAUCUAUUUUCUUUUUUGCUCUUUUGGGUAUACUGAAAAAAAAUAAUCUAAUUAACUAUUUGAUUACUGCAUUUAAUACAAUUGAAAGACUAUAUUAUUA